GGCACUUGAAGUGUCCAUACCAGGUGCUCAGUCUCAUCUGUGAAAAUGAAUAAUUCAAAACAAAAGUCUUAUAUUUGUUACUUAUUUUUAACUGUUUGCAAUUAUUUAAUGAUUAGGGUGUUAUUACACAUCAAUAGAUCUUCUUUUAUUCUGCCAGCGUCAUAAGAGCUACCCAGCCACUCCUUUGUUAUUCCAGCACAGAUUAAAUGCUACAGUCAACAGUAUCUCAUCUUUCAUCUCCACCUAUCUCUACCUUAUUGUACAAUGUUUAAUCUUUAGCUCUGCCUGUUUUUUAGCUCAUUCUAAUCUGGGCAUUAUUAGGCUUCAUUGCUUAACAUGCACUUCUUGUUAAGAUCUCUUUUAGCCACUUUUUAAAGACACUGUAGAAGUGUACCUAGACUUACCUGGAUUGUCAGUCUUUGGAGAAGCUUCUUCAUAUGAACAUCUCUUGCAGAUGUUUGAAACUCAGAUCCACCACUUUGAAACCAGACAAGCCAAAAAGACCAAGAACUCUGCUGAUGAUCUUGACAUUUUUGUUGAAUGUGAAGUUCGAAGUGCUGAUGUUGCUGUCAUUAUCACCUCCUUAAGGAGAGUAGCAGAGGAUGUGAAAACUAUCAGAGAAGAAGAAGUGCCCUGGUUCCCCAGAAAAAUUCAAGAUCUGGACAAGUGUCAUCAUCUGAUCACUAAGUAUGAACCCAGUUUAGAUCAUGGUCAUCCGGGAUAUGCUGACCUGCAGUAUAAGAAACGGAGGGCAUUCUUUGCUGACCUUGCCUUUAAUUACAGAGCAGGAGAUCCUUUGCCUCACAUCGAGUACACAGCACAGGAGACUGCAACUUGGAGAGAAGUCUACAGGAAACUGAACAGCCUUUACCCUACUCACGCCUGUAUGCAGUACCUGGAUGCCUUUCGGCAGCUGGAGAAAUACUGUGGCUACCAAGAGGAUCACAUACCUCAACUUCAGGAUGUCUCCAGAUUUUUAAAAGAGAGAACAGGUUUUCAGCUGAGACCAGCUGCAGGACUGCUGUCUGCUCGUGACUUCCUUGCCAGCCUGGCAUUUCGUGUCUUCCAGAGCACACAGUAUAUAAGGCAUUUCUCUUCUCCUAUGCAUUCCCCAGAACCAGACUGCUGCCAUGAGUUAUUGGGUCAUGUUCCCAUGUUAGCUGACAAGGAGUUUGCCCAGUUCUCACAGGAUAUUGGACUGGCUUCUCUUGGAUCAUCUGAAGCGGAGAUUGAGAAACUGGCCACACUUUAUUGGUUCACUGUGGAGUUUGGUCUCUGCAAGCAAAAUGGAUCGAUCAAAGCUUAUGGGGCAGGACUGCUUUCGUCUUACGGGGAGCUUAUGUACGCUUUAUCAAACAAGCCAGAGUACAAGCCUUUUGAUCCAGAAGUGACUGCAGUUCACCCUUAUCAAGAUCAAGAUUUCCAGCCUGUCUAUUUCAUAGCAGAAAAUCUGGAAGAUGCCAAGGCCAAGCUUCAAAACUACGCAAUGAAGAUCAAGAAACCUUUUUCUCUACACUACAACCCGUUCACCAGCAGCAUAGAGGUUAUGAACACACCUCAGAAAGUCAAGAGGGCACUCCAUCAAAUGAAAGAGGAACUGAAAAACCUCUGCUUGGCCCUUGAAAACCUCUCUUGAAACUACAGUAGUACUUCUAACCUAGCACUGGGAUAUUUGUAGAUGGUUCCAGCAUUUGC